GAUUUAGUUGGAGUGAGACAUCUGACGAGACAACUAUCUGUGCUGCGAGCUGUAAACAGGAGUGCAAGUUGAGCAACGUCGUUUUAAACAGUGUCUUCUAGCCAUUUAUUGAUAGUAACACAUCUCACCGUUAAAGGAAAAUGGAAGAAGAUAUACUAACGACGCUGAAAAUACUGAUAAUAGGAGAAAGCGGCGUUGGGAAGUCCAGCCUCCUCUUAAGAUUCACCGAUGACACAUUUGACCCAGAACAAUCAGCAACAAUAGGUGUUGACUUCAAAGUGAAGACCAUUUCUGUGGAUGGCAACAAGGCAAAGCUGGCAAUAUGGGACACUGCAGGACAGGAGCGCUUCCGAACGCUGACGCCGAGUUACUACCGUGGUGCCCAGGGAGUCAUCCUGGUGUAUGAUGUCACACGACGAGAGACCUUUACCAAGCUUGACAACUGGCUCAAUGAGCUCGAGACGUACUGUACAAGGAAUGACCUUGUAAAAAUGCUUGUGGGGAAUAAAAUUGAUAAGGAAAACCACGAGCUAGACAGGGCCGAAGGGCUGAAGUUUGCAAGAAAACAUUCCAUGCUUUUUAUAGAGGCGAGUGCAAAGACGAGGGACGGUGUUCAGUGUGCAUUUGAGGAGCUGGUGGAGAAGAUCAUCCAGACUCCCGGCUUAUGGCAGAGCGAGAACCACGGCCGAGCUGUCCAGCUCACCGACGAAGAUGCAGGAGGUGGAACCUGCGGUGGCUACUGCUCCCUUGUCUAAACAACAUACUCAUCUACAUUCACACACACACACACACACACACACACACACACACACACACACACACACACACGCUCAAACAUAGACAUGAAUACCUUGUCCUCGAACACAAGCAUGCACAAACACACACCCUUGAAAGAACAGCCCCCCUCCCACUAUGUGCUGUCCUGAGCUGAGCUCCCUCCUCAGACAUGAAGGCAGUGGAUGUCCGACUGUCUCCCCACCGCUGAGCUGAAAGGGUGGACCGUCCACACACUCUGUGUUCACACAGACACUACUUUUGCACACUUUCUAAUAACAAUGCUGCGCUAAAAUGCAAAUACAGCUCAGCUUUCCUCUUAAUGGAAUUUGAGUGAGUGUUUCUCUCUUCUGUUUUGUUUUGAGUUACAGUUUUUUGCAGUUUCAGGACCUUGGUCAAAAUAUGAACCAUUCUCGCUUGAUACUCCUUUGAUUUGGUCGUAGCAUUGCAUUCAAAUUCGUCCAAAAGUUUAAGCCAAAGUUAGUCAGACAUAUGGCUAAAUCUCUGAAGUAUGAUAAUGAGAAUGGAAAAUGUUGACCAAGGUUCCUUUGUGUCUCCAGCAUGCUUUUUGUCCUCGGAGCACUUUGCCUUAGCAAGCACAUCUGUAUCCAUGCAGGGCCGACGUUUCUCCCUCUGCUCUGUCCUGUUCUUCAUCCUGUCCCCCCAAGCACAGGCUCUAGGAAUAUUAUGCUGCUUAUGGAGAAGCUUAUCAAGCCAAGCCGUCUCGUGUUCCAUCUCACCACUCAGCUAAAGGCUUGGAUCAUGUGUCUCUGUUGUCUACACAACUGUCUGAUUGCUUUCCAAGUGUUUGGAACAUUUUUUUAUGUCUUUUAUUGACUUGGACUUCAAACCUUUGCUGUGUUUUGAAGAGCGCAUAAAUCAAAGAGACUGGCACCAGCAGGCUUUCCACUGGGUGCUGAAGAAGAGGGAACCUCUUAAAACUGCACGCCUUUUUUGUAACAAGUUGCUUUAAUGGAGUGCGAUCUACUGGCACUCGUUCACUCAGACAGAUAAUAUCAGUAAUAUCACUAGCAAUGCUACAGUCCUUCAUAUAGAUCCCUUUGACUGGACAGAGACAAAGGAAAAGUGUUCAAUAUUAAACAGGGCAGUGAGUCAUAAGGGUGUUUCCACUGAAAUUGGAAAAUCAAAGAAAAAGCUGUGUGCUGCACAUUGCUAAUGGAUUUUACAGUGCUCCCAUCUCUGUGUUAGUAUCUGAGAAACAGUUAUAAAUGUACUGUGUCCCUGACCUCUGACCAUGUUUGUAGUAUCCGAGUGCUGGUGUAUAUUCUGGGAAACGUAGUCCUGAGAGUUUAAUCUCUUUGCAGGGAUGGUGAAAGUGACAUGGAUUCAAGCAUGUCUUCUCACAUGUAGACUUUUUUUUUUAAAUGUCUUUUUAAUUGCAUGGGAAAUCUGUGUGCCAUUCUUUUGUGUUUGUCUGUCCAGUGAAUGACCUUCAGAGGCUAUUUACUGUAAACACUUUAACUUAUAUUUAGCUAAAACUAAAGCUUUGCAUUCAAGCUUGCCGUUUGAAUUCAAUAUAAAAUAAAACUGAAGUAGGCUUUUACUUAUUGAACUGCUAUAGCUGUCUUUUUUGUGUGUGUUCAGAAGUAUGUUGAAACAAGUAUACCUUGUAAAUUGUGUUUAUUUUAGGAAUUUGUUGGGAUGAUUCCUGUAUGAAUUGUAAAGCUGAAUGUAAACAUAUUUCAUUACAAAACCGCCCUGUGUAUUAAACUAAAUAAAAUUCUUUUUUUUAAGUGAA